AUCCCGGAAGUCACAGUGCCUUUAUGUUGACGCGGAAGUGAGACGAUGUUUGUGUGAUUGAAGUUGUUCUUAAAGUAAACUUAGUGGUAGAAAGAGGUAGAAAAACAGUUUAAAGUUUUAUCAAAAGCGAGUUUAGUUUGAGACACACAACAAACCUGAUGGCAGGAGGUAAUUUACAGAAAGCUAUCGAUCUCGCCACCAAAGCUUCAGAGGCGGACAAAGCCAAAAACUAUGAGGAGGCUCUCAGAUAUUAUGAGAGCGCAGUGCAGUACUUCCUGCAUGUUGUCAAAUACGAGGCUCAGGGCGAGCGAGCUGCGCAGAGCAUCAGAGUAAAGUGUGGCGACUACCUGGACCGAGCGGAGCAGCUGAAGGAAUACCUGAGGAAGAAGGAGAAGAGUCCUUCAACCAAACCAGUCAAAGAGUCGCAGUCUGGUGACAAAGGGGAUGAAAACGGGGACGAGGGGGAUGAAGAGAAGAAAAAGUUCCAGAAUCAACUCUCAGGUGCCAUCGUCAUGGAGAAACCAAACAUAAAGUGGGACGAUGUAGCUGGACUUGAAGGAGCCAAAGAAGCUUUAAAAGAGGCCGUGAUCCUGCCCAUCAAAUUCCCCCACCUGUUUAAAGGAAAGAGGACUCCUUGGCGGGGGAUUCUUCUGUUUGGACCUCCGGGAACAGGGAAGUCCUACCUGGCUAAGGCUGUCGCCACAGAAGCAAACAACUCCACCUUCUUCUCCAUCUCUUCCUCCGACCUCGUGUCCAAGUGGCUCGGGGAGAGUGAAAAGUUGGUAAAGAGUCUGUUCAGUAUGGCCCGAGAACACAAACCGUCAAUCAUUUUCAUCGAUGAGAUCGAUUCUCUCUGUGGCUCCCGGAGCGAGAAUGAGAGCGAGGCAGCGCGAAGGAUCAAGACUGAGUUCUUGGUGCAGAUGCAGGGUGUCGGGAACGAUAAUGAGGGAAUCCUCGUGCUGGGAGCCACAAAUAUACCAUGGACACUUGACUCUGCCAUCAGGAGAAGGUUUGAGAAGCGGAUCUACAUCCCUUUGCCCGAGGAGCAUGCUCGCUCCUUCAUGUUCAAACUCCACCUUGGCUCCACCCCUAAUGGGCUGACGGACGCCGACUUCAUCACUCUGGGCAAAAAGACAGAGGGUUACUCCGGGGCAGACAUCAGUGUCAUCGUCAGAGACGCUCUGAUGCAGCCAGUCAGGAAGGUUCAGUCAGCCACACACUUUAAAAAGGUUCGCGGGUCUUCGUGGAACAAUCCAGACGUUGUGGUGGACGACCUCCUGACUCCAUGUUCUCCCGGUGAUCCUGGCGCCAUGGAGAUGACGUGGAUGGACCUCACUGGGGAUAAACUUUUAGAGCCGGUUGUGUGCAUGGACGACAUGCUGAGAUCGCAGAGCAAGACCAAACCCACAGUGAACGACGAUGAUUUGGAGAAACUGAGGAAGUUUACUGAAGAUUUUGGUCAGGAAGGUUGAAAACAUUCGAUCACUCAAAGCUCAUGGAAUGAGGACUGUAACUUAUGAUGUCUUUCACUGUCUUUCACUGUCAUGUUUUCUCAUUUGAUUAAUCUUUUUCUCUCUCCUUUAAAAGUCAAAAAUGAUUAAAAAAAUACCCAUGGAAGGUUACCGGAACAUAAAGCAAAGAUAAGAAUUUGUGUUACAAAUGAAAAGCAAGUUAAUAGCACAGACUGUAUAUAAGAAGUGGACAUAGCCACCUAUCUCCUGUUUCUUCAAGGCUCGAGUGAAGCAUUCAUGUAGGCUCCAUCUUUAUUUUAGAGCAUGAAGUGCUGUAUUUGAUCAAGAGGGUGGAGCCAUAGACUGUAUGAAGUAUGAAAAAUGGACCUAGUCUCAGUGACGACACCCUUUGGUUCCUGUAAAGAUGUUUUGAGGCCCAGCAAUGGAGGUCGCCAUGCUGGAAAUGCUGAAUUACAGUAAAUCUACACAAAUAAAGAGGUGGAGCUGAGGAGGGCCUUAAGCCUCCUGUCAAACAGCUACCACAUGCCCACCUGUUAGUCAGAACAGCCACGCCCCUUAGCCUUAAUAAAAUCAAAACAGACGAUUUAUAAUUAAAUUUACCCUGUACCAAUUUUUUUUUUGUACCAGGAUGUAAGCAUGUUUAUUUCUGCUGUAAAGAAGGACAUUUUAACAUGAGGCUCUAUAGGGACUGACUCACUUUUGGAAGCAGCCUCAAGUGGACACUAAAGGAACUGCAGUUUUUAACACUUAAGCAUUGGCUUCGCUUUUUAACACCGGAGGUUACUGGAAGAGCACGCUUGUAUAUCUGAAGGCUUCAACAGCAAUUUUUAGGUCAGUCCCAGGUAGCCCCGCCCUGACCCCUCCCCUCUUUCUGGUCUGUUUGACUCUAAAUGGGACAUAAUUUAAAAAAUGAACAUCAUGCUGUAUUAAAUAAGACUUGAAACUAGAGAUUGGGAACAUUAACUCUUAAGAAGAAAGUUCACUGAUGGAAUAAAUCAACUGAGAAUUGGGACUUUUUUUCUCAUAGACUUUGUAUAUUGCCUCCUGCUGGCCAGUGGAAAGAAUGCACGUUCAAGGCACUUUAACUAUGUCCACUUGUUAGCUACAGUUCAGUUUAUUGUUUGCAGCAGCAGUUAGUUUGCUAUCUUUGACUAAAAUAAUUGAUGAAGUUUAUCAUUUUUGUCAACAUACCAACAAAUUAGUAAUCUGUUUCAGGACUUUUUUUUUUAUCACUGAUAUAUUUUAUGUUUACAUCUUUGUAAGUUUCCCUUUUUCUUUUUUUAGUCCUUCAAGCAGAGCCUUGAAAUAUAAAUUUUAAAGAACAAUUGACCUCCAUCUUUGUUUAAUAUGGUGGUGAUGCCGUGGUUGAUAAAUGCACAUUUUAAACACAA